AUGUACUGCCCCAACUGCGAUGAACCGGCAUACUGCCCCAACUGUGAUGAAACGGCGUACUGCCCCAACUGCGAUGAAACGGCGUACUGCCCCAACUGUGAUGAAACGGCGUACUGCCCCAACUGCGAUGAAACGGUGUACUGCCCCAACUGCGAUGAAUCGGCGUACUGCCCCAACUGCGAUGAAACGGCGUACUGCCCCAACUGCGAUGAAACGAUGUACUGCCCCAACUGCGAUGAAUCGGCGUACUGCCCCAACUGCGAUGAAACGGUGAACUGCCCCAACUGCGAUGAAACGGCGUACUGUCCCAACUGCGAUGAAUCGGCGUACUGCCCCAACUGCGAUGAAACGGCGUACUGCCCCAACUGUGAUGAAACGGUGUACUGCCCCAACUGCGAUGAAUCGGCAUACUGCCUCAACUGCGAUGAAACGGCGUACUGCCCCAACUGCGAUGAAACGGCGUACUGCCCCAACUGCGAUGAAUCGGCGUACUGCCCCAACUGCGAUGAAACGGUGAACUGCCCCAACUGCGAUGAAUCGGCGUACUGCCCCAACUGCGAUGAAACGGCGUACUGCCCCAACUGCGAUGAAACGGCGUACUGCCCCAACUGCGAUGAAUCGGCGUACUGCCCCAACUGCGAUGAAACGGUGAACUGCCCCAACUGCGAUGAAUCGGCGUACUGCCCCAACUGCGAUGAAACGGCGUACUGCCCCAACUGCGAUGAAACGGCGUACUGCCCCAACUGCGAUGAAACGGCGUACUGCCCCAACUGCGAUGGAAAUCCGUUUCCAGCACCCACGGGAGCCGCUGUUGAGCUGCGGUUGAACCAGAGCGGACGCCAUUUUCUGAUCAGGGAUUUAUUCUAG